UAUCCGAUUCGACAAAAAUGCGCAGUUACAGAUUAGAAGGAGAAACACUUGGCAGGUCCCACAGAGUCACGUGACGUGGCCGAAGCGUUUCAAAGUUCAAUUUCUACCAACACCUGACACAAACAAUAUUAUCUUGAAGUGAUCCUCAGCUUUUGUUGAUAAGACCACAUAAACGUAAAAUCUGCUUUUUUCCCCAGUUGAACGCUGACGAUGCCCGCGGUCAUCGUCGUGCACGGGGGCGCGUGGGCCAUUCCGGACGAACUGGCCGAGGCCUCGGUCGCUGGAGUGAAAGUCGCAGCACGUGGCGGGUACUCUGUGCUGAGGAGAGGGGGGAGUGCACUGGAUGCCGUUGAGGCAGCGGUGAGGUCUAUGGAGGACAACAGUGUGUUUAAUGCAGGACAUGGAGCAACGCUGAACACUGACGGGGAGGUGGAGCUGGAUGCCAUCAUCAUGGAUGGAAGGACACUAGGAAGUGGUGCCGUGUCUUGUGUGAAGAACAUCCCACAUCCUGUGUCGCUGGCAAGAGCGGUGAUGGAAAAGACUUCUCACACCAUGUUGACGGAUAAAGGUGCCAACUUGUUUGCAGAAAGCAUUGGAAUGAGCACAGUUCCUACUGAUUCACUGGUGACUGAGUACGAAUGGAGAGAAUGGGAAAAACACAAGCAUUAUGUCACUGGAGUAAUGGAAGACUUCAACUCGCAGUGGGCCCAUGAUACCGUUGGUGCAGUUGCUCUGGACCACGCUGGCAAUGUUGCGUGCGCGACAUCAACAGGAGGCAUUAGAAAUAAAAUGGUUGGCCGAGUUGGAGACUCUCCGGUAGUUGGCUGUGGAGGAUUUGCAGAUAACUGUAUUGGUGCGGUGUCCUGUACUGGCCAUGGAGAGUCUAUUCUCAAAGUGACACUGGCCAGACUCAUCCUUUCACACAUAGAACGAGGUUUAUCUGUAGCGGAUGCCUCACAGAUGUCACUGUGGUUCAUGGGCGAGCGCGUCCUAGGUGCUGGAGGAGCUGUGGUUGUUUCCUCUGCAGGACAGUGGGCAGCCACGUUUACCACAGAGCGGAUGGCCUGGGCCUCUGUGGAGAACGACGUGCUGUCAUACGGACUGGACCCGAAAGACGUACGGAAGGAGAAGCUGUUGUUUGAAUAACAAUUCUCCCUGUUUUUAAUGUUAGUUUUAGUCGUAUUGAGCAAUGAGGAAACUGUAUUAAAAUGCACUACUACAAAUCUGUA